UUGCUUACCUUAUCUAUCCCCCGCGCUCACAUAAAUACAUCGCCUCAGAUGCUUCACACCCCUAGAUAGACGUUUUCGGAGAGCCCUAUACGUGAAGCAAAGUUGUUAGAGCCAUCAACAUGAAAGUGUUCUUGCUCUUUGCUGUUCUGUUUGCAUGGGAUCAGUGCAUGGUCCAGUGUGACCUUGGCCCCCUUGGUGACCCCGUCCCUGAUUCACUUCCCGUCACCUGUCCCAGAUGCGACAAAGACCAUUCUGUGCCCGGAUGUCUGGACCACGAGCACACCUGUCACCACGACGAGGUUUGUGCCAUCAAGUAUGGAAGCGAUCAUCGUCCAGAGUUUCACUGCCGAGAAGCUAAGUUUUGCAGAGUCAAACAUGACGAUCAUGAGGUCAAGGGGGAGUGCAAACACGACGGAGACUUUCGACACUGCCAAGACGAACUGCGCGAUCACGAGUGCGGAGUGCCAAACCACCACGGACAUUACCCAGACGAGUGCUACUCCGACUGUUGCAACACUCGCCAAUGUCUUGACACUCACUUUGGUGCUUAUUUCACAACGACAACCGCAGCCCCCACGACCACACAGCCUCCACCCACUGUCCCCACGACCACACAGCCUCCACCCAUUGCCCCCACCUUCAUCAUUGACCUGAUCGUGCCCAGUGGUAGUGCUGGUAGCACCACACCCAGCAACACACAGAACUGCAUGGACCAGCUGGCUGGAGACGGAUGUAAAGACCUCAUGAAAUGUCAGGUGAGAUUGGCCCCCACAAAAAGAACAAGGAAACGUAAUACACAAACAAAUCAAGCGCUCCCCCUACCUCUUUCCAUCUUUUUUCUGGGAAGCUGUAUUACACUUAGCCCGAGUUGACCUCAAUGGUCAAUG